CGCCACCGAGCUGCAGGGCUCCGCCAGGCAGGCGCUGGCGGCUCCUUGGCGCUUCCUGCCACGCCGGGCCUGCUUGCACAGCGCCAGCUCCGCUUCUGCGAGGGCCCAGAGUCAGGUGCUGCGGGCCGGGUGAGACCGUCCCUGCUGGACUAAUCUCUUGGAACUGGUCUAAAACAAGAUGAGUCAUCCCUGUGUGUCUCUUUUGGCUCUACCUGCUCCCCAAGACGGAGCCCCAGGAAACCAGGUCCUGGCAGUCCCUCUUGAGAUGCCGGAGGCCCAGGACUUGGUGUCAUUUGAUGUUGUACCGUGGUACCUCACAGAACAGAACUGGCUGAAUCUGAGUCUGAACCUGGAGCAGCAGGCAGUGGCAUAUUCCAGGACUGUGACCUCCAUUGGAGUUCCUGUUGUGAGUCCUGCUUUGGUAUCUCACCUGUCACAAGGACAAAUUCUGUUGGUAUCAGAUCCAUCCCUCAACACAGAUCACACUAAGCACCCUGAAAGCUCCUCCGUGACCUCCCACCAGAAGAUGGCUGAAGAAGCCCAGCUGCAAGAGAUGGCGUCCAGGAGCUCCCCGAGGGCCAAUGACCCCAGCGCUGAGGUCAAACAGAAUGGGGACUCUGGGGGAAGGGGAGGGAGCCCACAAAGUCUGCCCAUAGAACACCAUUUUGCAUGUAAAGAGUGUGGGGACACCUUCCGCCUUAAAGUGCUCCUUGUUCAGCACCAGAGGGUUCACAGUGAGGAGAAGGGCUGGGAGUGUGGCGAUUGCGGGAAGGUCUUCAGGGGGGUGUCAGAAUUUAAUGAGCACAGGAAGAGCCACGCAGCUGUGGCCACUCAGCCCCAGCCUGGCCCCAGUGGGGCUCUGGAAGAUGCCUUGCAAAAAAGGGAGCAAAUGGAGAGGGAGGCAAAGCCCUUUGAGUGUGAGGAGUGCGGGAAAAGGUUUAAGAAGAACGCAGGCCUUAGUCAGCACCUGAGGGUGCACAGCAGAGAGAAGCCCUUUGAUUGUGAGGAGUGUGGGCAGUCCUUCAAAGCCAACACCAACCUCUUUCGACAUCAGAAGCUCCACAGUUCGGAAAAGCCCUUUGCGUGCAAGGCGUGCAGCAGGGAUUUCCUGGACCGCCAGGAACUACCCAAGCACCAGAGGAUGCACACGGGCCACCUGCCCUUCGACUGCGACGACUGCGGCAAGUCCUUCCGUGGUGUCAACGGCCUGGCAGAGCACCAGCGCAUCCACAGCGGCGCCAAACCCUACGGCUGUCCUCACUGCGGCAAGCUGUUCCGGAGGAGCUCAGAGCUCACCAAGCACCGGAGGAUCCACAGGGGUGAGAAGCCCUAUGAGUGCACCCAGUGUGGCAAGGCCUUCCGCCAGAGCUCCAGCCUGCUGGAGCACACUCGCAUCCACAGCGAUGAGCGGCCUUAUGCCUGUGGCGAGUGCGGCAAGGCAUUCAGGGGGCCUUCUGACCUCAUCAAGCACCGGCGCAUCCACAGCGGACUGAAACCCUAUGAGUGCGACAAGUGUGGCAAGGCAUUCCGGAGGAGCUCAGGCCUGAGCCGCCACAGGCGGAUCCACAGUGCGGCCAGGCACUGUGAGUGCAGUGAGUGUGGUCGUGUGUUCAAGAGGCACUCAGCACUGCAGAAGCACCAGCCCUCCCAUCACCAGUAG